CGGGCGGGGGGCGGUGCUUGGGGAUCUUGCGCACUGCGUGCGCCCCUCCCCCAGCGCGACUCCCGGCGCGUCCCCGGUCCCUGCCCGGCGCGAGCUGGAGGAGGAGCUGCAGCGGCCGCGGCUACUCGGGCAGGUCGGUGGCGCCAGGGGAAGCUGCCGACGGCGCGGGCUGCCGGUCCCAGCGUGCAGGAGGCGCGGGCGGCGCUGGGGCCAUGGAGCCUGGUGACGCGGCGCGCCUCGGCCCGGGGCGGGCGGCCCGGGCGCUGCCACCGCGGCUGCUGCUGAUGCCGCUGCUCCCGCUGCUGCUGGGUCGGGGGCUGCGCGGGGCGGCCGCGGCCUCCUCCUCUGGGGCGGCGGCUGAGGACAGCAGCGCCAUGGAGGAGCUCGCCACGGAGAAGGAGGCAGAGGAGAGCCACCGGCAGGACAGCGUGAGCCUGCUCACCUUCAUCCUGCUGCUCACGCUCACCAUCCUCACCAUCUGGCUUUUCAAGCACCGCCGGGUUCGCUUCCUGCACGAGACCGGGCUGGCCAUGAUCUACGGGCUCAUCGUCGGGGUGAUCCUGAGGUAUGGCACCACUGCCACCAGUGGUCAUGACAAGUCACUCAGCUGCACUCAGGAAGACAGGGCCUUCAGCACCUUAUUAGUGAAUGUCAGUGGGAAGUUCUUUGAAUACACCCUGAAAGGAGAAAUCAGCCCCGGCAAGGUCAACAGUGUAGAGCAGAACGACAUGCUGAGGAAGGUAACAUUUGAUCCAGAGGUCUUUUUCAACAUUCUGCUCCCUCCAAUUAUUUUCCAUGCUGGGUACAGUUUAAAGAAGAGACACUUUUUCAGAAAUCUUGGGUCUAUUCUGGCCUAUGCCUUCUUGGGGACUGCUGUUUCCUGCUUCAUUAUUGGAAAUCUCAUGUAUGGUGUGGUGAAGCUCAUGAAGAUUGUGGGGCAGCUCUCGGAUAAAUUUUACUACACAGAUUGCCUCUUUUUCGGAGCAAUUAUCUCUGCUACUGACCCAGUGACCGUACUGGCGAUAUUUAAUGAAUUGCAUGCAGACGUGGACCUUUACGCACUUCUGUUUGGAGAAAGUGUCCUAAAUGAUGCUGUUGCCAUUGUACUGUCCUCGUCUAUUGUUGCCUAUCAGCCAGCGGGGCUGAACACUCACGCCUUUGAUGCUGCUGCCUUUUUUAAAUCAGUUGGCAUUUUUCUAGGUAUAUUUAGUGGCUCUUUUACCAUGGGAGCUGUGACUGGUGUCGUGACUGCUCUAGUGACCAAGUUCACCAAGCUGCACUGCUUUCCCCUGCUGGAGACUGCACUCUUCUUUUUGAUGUCGUGGAGCACGUUCCUCUUGGCGGAAGCCUGUGGGUUCACAGGUGUGGUAGCCGUCCUUUUCUGUGGAAUCACACAAGCUCAUUACACCUACAACAAUCUGUCAGCGGAAUCCAGAAGCCGAACGAAGCAGCUCUUUGAGGUAUUACACUUCCUGGCAGAGAACUUCAUCUUCUCCUACAUGGGCCUGGCACUGUUUACGUUCCAGAAGCACGUUUUCAGCCCUGUUUUCAUCAUUGGAGCUUUUGUUGCCAUCUUCUUGGGCAGAGCCGCCCACAUCUACCCACUUUCCUUCUUCCUCAACUUGGGCAGAAGGCACAAGAUUGGCUGGAAUUUUCAACACAUGAUGAUGUUUUCAGGCCUCAGGGGAGCGAUGGCAUUUGCACUGGCCAUCCGAGACACGGCAUCCUACGCACGCCAGAUGAUGUUCACGACCACUCUCCUCAUCGUCUUCUUCACUGUCUGGAUCAUUGGUGGAGGCACGACGCCCAUGUUGUCAUGGCUUAAUAUAAGAGUUGGCAUCGAGGAGCCCUCCGAAGAGGACCAGAACGAACACCGCUGGCAGUACUUCAGAGUUGGUGUUGACCCAGACCAAGACCCACCACCCAACAACGACAGCUUCCAAGUCUUACAAGGGGAUGGUUCAGAUUCUGCCAGAGGAAACCGAACAAAGCAGGAGAGUGCAUGGCUAUUCAGGCUGUGGUACAGCUUUGACCACAAUUACUUGAAGCCCAUCCUCACGCACAGUGGACCCCCAUUAACCACCACCCUCCCAGCCUGGUGUGGCUUGCUUGCUCAAUGUCUAACCAGUCCCCAGGUAUAUGAGAACCAAGAGCCGCUGAGAGAGGAAGAUUCUGAUUUCAUCCUGACCGAGGGUGACCUCACCUUGACCUUCGGGGAUAGCACAGUGACUGCGAAUGGCUCCUCAGGUUCCCACACAGCCUCCAUGAGCCUCGAGGGUGGUCGGAGAAUGAAAAGCAGCUCUGAGGAGGUGCUGGAACGAGACCUAGGAAUGGGAGACCAAAAGGUUUCCAGCCGGGGCACCCGCCUGGUGUUCCCCCUGGAGGAUAAUGUGCGCCUUCCCGCCCAGAGCCCUGAGUGAUGGGGUUGGGGAGGACCCACUGGCGGGGUGAGGAUGGCUGCAAGCCCCAGCAUUGUUGACAUGGGGCCUUGACUGAAUGGAACUAACACUUCUGUUUUAUUGGGGUCUGAAGAUAUCUUAUUUAAAAUUUCAGCCAAGAUGCAGCUGGUGGGGUGAAAGUGUCUCUAAAUCAAGGCAAAUGCAGACCUAUUCCCACUUUUUUCACGUAGUGCGCUGUUCAGAGUUAAACAAAUAGCAUGCUUUAACGCUGUCUUCAUUCAUUCACCUGCAGAUCUGAAAAAGGUGUGGCAGGUGGUAGGGGUUCCUCCCAGGAGAGGCUUCGUAUCCAGACACAGCGGUGUAGGUUUCAUUGGCUAUAGCAUACAAGGGGAGAACAGGCUAAGACUGUGAAGGAUGGCAGUUGCUAUUAGACCUCCAAGGACUGUGAGAAACCGGUGUUAAAUGGACAGAAAACAUGAGAAAGCAAUUUGACUGGAGGCUCCAGCAAUGAGGUUGUGUGACUGCACCCUCCUAUCAGGAUUCCUGCCCCUUUUUGACUCACUGUGUUUCUUCUAGACUGAAGACUGGAAAAUAUGUCCAUGAACAUUUCAACAUGGAGGAAUGAAUUCCAAUUCCUUCUCUGGAAAUCUCCAUAAGGAAGAAGUUACUGGAAUGUUUGAAACCAAAGGCAAAAUAGUGUUAUACUGUUGUUUUUAACUAAUCUGAGGACAGGAGAAACUGUUUAGAAACUGAUGGUGAUAUCACUGCAAAAAUCUGUAAGUUCUCAAGGUAUUCCAUAUGAGCUGACUGCCUGGGAAAUAAUGAAUAGGAUUGGGUUCUACUGUGGCUUUAGAAAUAACACCACAAUUUGUGGGAUGCAGUCUUAUCUAUGAAAGAGAAAGCAGCAAGAAGCCUAAGAGGCAACAGGCUAGUAUUCAGAGGGAAGAAAUCUCACUGCAAACAAAAUUAACUGCAAAGAAAAUACAAGAUAGUAUUCUAAUGACUGAGUAGAAUUCCAAAUUUUGUGUUCAUAAAUGCAUGAGAUUUCAGUGGCCACAUGAGGAAUCAGAGAUGAGUCAAUGGAAAGUUAAGCAUUAUUCAACCUGGUGGAAGGUUGGAAGGUUCUGUCGACUAUAGUAGACAGCUUGAGAGUCUGGAUGUCUUGACAUUGAAUGCCAUGUAGAGAAGGGCCAUUUUCAUGGUAUCUGGGGAACCUUGUACCAACUUAAUGUGCAAGUGUGGUUUAAAAUUUAGGUUUUUGUCAAAAGUUUGGGUUCUUUAUGGAUGAGCUAUUUCACCUGUCCACACCUGUAGCAGUGAAAUACUGAGAGAACUCUUAGAAACUAGGCUAGCAAGUCUUCCUAUGCUUCAGUGAUAGCCUAUUUGAAAACCCAAUUUCUAAAAAAAAAAAAUGCUUUCAUAAAAUGUGGGCAUUUUUCUUAUUAUGGCAGACAAAAUAUUGGUCCAGUUCAGUCUAGGACACUCAUAAUGAAAUCAAUAAUUUAAUCUUUUUAGCUGACAUAUUUUUUAAAUAAGACAUUGCUUGACACUUUUGUUUUUGAAUUGAUAAAUUGUGCAAACCAGGAAAAAUUUAUUAUGAGGCUGAGUCAUAUGAAAUUGCUGAUUUUCAACCAUUUAAGAAAACAGAAAUGGCAGUUUCGUAUGAUUCAACAUAAUAUAAAUGAAUCAUUUUUAUUCCCUUCUUUCCUUUGUAUCUAAAGUCCAUUUUGAUUUUAUGGUCUACCAUGGGCUUUGUAUUCUCCACUGCAAACAUUUUAUUCUAACCUGGUUAAAUAUAAGUAAAUGGAGAUCUGCUGAGCCCAAAAGUUAGCUAGAUUUGUAGUUAUUUGGUUAGAUUUUUCAUUCAGUGAAUCAUUAAGUCACUGACCUGUGGUCCUAAUUUUUGUUUGCAAGAUGUGGAGAUUAAUCCUGACUUUACCAGGGGUCCUGGGAAGUGAGUUCACUUAUUAGAAAACUUCCACCUCUCAGAAGUAUCCUGCCUAUGCUGAGUGACAAAAAAGUAAUGUGCCACAAAGGCUGAAACCUCUUCACUCAAGGCCGAGUAUUUGCUUCCAGUCUGGCAGAAAUCAGAUCGAAACUGCUAAGUAAUGGUGCAGCCAUCUAAAGAAAGUUCCCCCGAGAGAGUGAUCCCAAGUCAUCUUAGAAACAUGUUUGUUCUGGGUUGGGGGGUGGCAUUUCAGUAGUCAAAAGCUCUAGAGCACAGGUUCUCAUACCUGGCUGCACAUUAAGAUUACUUGGCCAGUUUUUACAAAUACUGAAGCCAGGGCCCUACCCUCAGAUUCAGAUUCAGUAGGUUGAUGCCUGGCUGCCAUGUUUUGUUGUGGAUCCUCAAGAAUUCUAUUGUGCAGCUAGGGUUGAGAGCCUCUAGUCUAGAACUUGCAGUGGACCCUAUUUGGAACCUUAAAGAAAUGGUCUAGGAAAGAACAUUUUAAAUUGUUAGUCAUGUGGAACAAACAGGUUGAUCAGCAAUACAGAGAGGGUAGUUGUGAGAGUUUCAUGCUAAUAAUCUUUGCAGAAGUCAAGAACAUACUUUGUAAAGUACAACUGAAAAGGCCACUUUUGAAAAUCUUAGAGCAUGAGAGGGAGAGAUGGGUGACUAGAGUGUAUGUAUGGGGGGGAUUAAAAAUUGUCAUCUUUGCUCCCAUUUGUUGGGGGAGAAAGGGGGUUUUGUUUUAACUGGACUGCUGACUAGUCAAAUGUAACAGUUUCUGAGAUGCUAUCUUUGCAGUUUAACCUGAUAUUAUAUUAAUAGUCCCUUUCACAGUCAAGUGAUCUUUCUCUUCACAUUUUGCUUGUACUCAUGCCUGCAUCCAUGCUGGACUCCUCGAAAUAAGAAUGGGCCCAUUCAUUGCCAGAGCAGAGUAACCAUAUUACUUGGAAAGUUGUGAUCAAUCUGCUGUCUCAUGUGGCAAUGGUGUCAGUAGAAGGUUAAUUAAGGAGAUGCAAACUUUUGUAUAGCACCAACAGAGGAAAGACAAAACCACCUGCAAUUCCUUCUCAUACGCUUUUUGAGGACUACAAGGAGAAUUGAACUAAAGAAGGAAAUUUGGAAUUUAAAGAAGGCUGUAUUUCUUCCUAGGAAACAGGCAUAGGAAGGGCAUAUGUGAUUAAAUGGACUCUGGCCAUCAGGGUACUUGUUGGAGUGACCAGACAAACAACCAUUGAUGUCCUGCAGCCAAAAAUCACACCGUGACAUCAAAUGUUUCAUCAAGUAAACAGCAAGGAGCUCUUUAGGCUGUGUUCUCUAGACCUGAAAAUGUCCUCCAUGGUUCAAUCAACAAAUAUCUCUGUAGAAAACCUGAAAAAAUGUUCUCUCAGCUAUCCAUGAACAUUUCAGCCUAGGGCAAACAAGUAAUGUUUGUUUCAAAAACAGAAGUCUGUUUCACGCACACAUGCCCAAGCCCCAUCAUAGCUCCCCCUUUCUUUGUCCGCAGCGGAAGUUAAUGUUUUCAUGUCAGCUAUCUAAUGUGAACAAAAUGAUUUCUAAAUGUAGAAACACUGCUGAUGCACUUAGGUGAAAUUGCUGGCAGGGCAAACAAGCAACUCAUUGGGGGUGAAGUCAUCCUCUUGGAAAUCUACCUUGGUACCCAUUGUGAGCUCUAAGAGGUGGAUCAUAAAGCUUAUGUUCCCAUCUGCUAUAAAAUGGAACCUGGACUGAGGGCAUCAGGAAAUUCAGCUUGCUGAUUCAGUAACUAUAUGACUUCUUUUUCCGCUUCAGAAAUGGGGCACUUGACAGGCUUCAUGCUUGCUUUUUGAUGUUGCUUCUGUAGAUGAGUUAGUGAAGGAGCUAGUCUGUCAAAUAUUGUCAUUGAAUUCUGAUCCCUUCUGUGUUUUUAACUGACAAUCUGAAUCACCAGUGUCAAUUGCUGCAUUCUGAUACAGGUACAGUAAAUUGAGGGCAUUUUGUGACCAAGACUUACAGUUUAGAAACAACCCACCUGAAUGCUGCUUUCACCAUGUGGAUACCUGAAAAGACCUCCCCUCUUUCUAAAACCUAAUAAAAACAAUCUACAGAGAAGUAUUCUGGAAAGCAAUGCUAGUAUCUAAUGAGGAAAAGCAAGUAGGCUCUUUGACAAUCCUUUCAAAACAAAACCUAGAAAUAAACCAUUUUUCUUCCAGUUCUGAGUUUCAUAAGCAGAGUUUCUGUAAAUUAACAAACCCAUUUGUCAGCCAGUGCUAGCAGAAGUUGUAAAGAGUAAAACCAAAGUUUUUGAUGUUUUAUUUUUGUAAGCAGGGUAUACUCUAACCACGGCCCACAUGGCACACACAGGCAGCCAGUUUUCUGCUACAUGAGCCUUGGAGAAAAUGACAAGGAGGGCUUCCUGUUCUGCUGCCCUUUGAAAAGGUCUGCAACAGACAUAAGAGCACUUAGGAGAGGUCACUUUCUUACCCUGAUGGCCACCUUUUCGAAAAGCUUCACAGAACUACCAAGUGUCAUGGUCAGCUCGACUUUUGGCCAGUGGAAAAUUAUCUGGGUGGGCCUGUAUGUGUUGGAGGAACUCAGAUGGAAAAGGACUUGGAAACAUCAUGAAAAACUCUAUAUCUGCUGUCUAAAGCACUUCAAACAAGUUAAGAUCCCAGUGUCAGUGGGUGAGUGUCUUAACUGCAUGGACAUUUGGGGGUCGACUUUAGUUACGGUAUUCCAGCUGUGAGCUUUGGAGAAGCAAUGGGGUGGUUUUUCAGUCAUAUGGGUGUUAAGUCUAUGGGUUUGGAAUCUGUCACUGAAAUCACUCAUUCAAAAAUAUGACUUCAUAGUAGGGUCACUUAGGUUUAUUUUUUACAUAAAGUACAUCUGAUAUUUCUUACUUAGGAAGUUUUACUAUGUCCAUUAAUAUGAUUAAAUGGGGAGGCCAUCAAGAUUCAUUUAAUAGCUGAAAAGCAGUUUUUAAAAUAGACUAGGAUGAAUUUAAUAGGGGCUGUUGUGACCUUCAGGGGAAUUUUUUAUAGAGAGCCUCCAUACUGUAAUUGGGGAAAUUUUUGUCUUUUACUUCCAUUCAAUAGUAGCAAACUGGUGGUUUUAUAAAAUUAACAUAGUGUGUUAUAUAAACAUGUUAUAUAAAAUAAUAUUAAAACAUGUCUAACUGUGAAAACGUGAAGACUUGGAGUUAUCAGCAACCUUUAUGUGCAAUAAAGAAAACUGGAGUUAGGCCCCCAAUGUGUUCCCUCUCCCUAGCAUUUUACUUAAUGUUUGCCUUUGUGUAUAUGUUUAGACUGAUAUUGUAAAGCUAGCUACAUGUUUUCCUGCCCUUUACUGAUAUUUAACACAUUUUUCUCAAAGCCUUUUUCUUUUCUUUCCUUUUUUUUUAAACAAAAAUCAAAAUAAAAAGAUUAACUGGC